UAUUCAUGAGGUUCAUACAUAUUCAUGAGGCUCAUGCAUAUUCAUGAGGCUAUAUUUACCUUACAAGCUUGGCUUAUGCAAUACAACCACCCAGCUGUUGAAUAACACAAGUGGGUACAAAGGUCACCCUACCAUGCUCCGCCUACACUGUGCAAAGAAAAGCCACACUGACAGUCUGGCUGGUCCAGCGACUAACGGUGACUCUGCAGAACUGGACACAGGAACAGGAGAGGGCCGGUUCUUUUGUCCUGCUGUUUGUGAACCGCAGAGACAUGUUUUUGUAACCCAGAGGGACAUGCUGUAGACUUGGUGGCAGGUUUGCUGUGUGUGGAAAGGAGUGGAAGCAAGCAAAUCCUUCUUGACUUGAUACCACCGGCAUAACUGACUGGGUCAGACUGACUGUGUGCAACAGGCUGCCCUGUAAGCUGUCCCUGUCUCUCUCCUGGCUUGCCCUCACUUGGAGCAAAGAUUUCAUGGAGAUUGUCCACACUGCCAGAACUUGUGAUGGCUGUGAAGACUGAUUCUUGACAAGCCAGCGGUCUUGCUACAGGCCCUGCAGCUCUAAAUCAGGCCAGUAAUGCCUUGCCCUGCAACCACAGCAUGUCAGAACAUUCAAAACCACAGGCGGGGGAUCUGGUCUUGGAAUGCCGCCAGCAGGAAUCCUUACAGAAUGUCCGUCUUAUAAAACCUGCGGUCUCUGCUUGUCACUGUCUCAAGGAGGUGGUCAACAGAUCAGAUUCCUUUCUUAAACUGUGAAACUCUAAAGGGCUUCUUCUUGCGUAAAGCUUAAACCUCCGAAGUCUGGUUCUCUUCCUAACAAAAAUAUUGAAGUGAAGAUUGCCAAAGAAAACAACUCCAGUUGUGUGGUAUCAAUAUGAAUAUGGAAACUUUUUACAUCUAACACGGAAGAUGGAACAGCUACUACUUGGCUGAAACUAGUGAAAGUUGAAGAAGCGUGAGGAGGACGGAUUUAAGACGAGAAGAUGUUUUACGAGGAGGACGUACCGGUGGAAAACCGGGUGGACCUGGCGUACUCAGACCUGGACCUGUUCCCCGAGCACCUCUCCAAGAAAGCGGACAAGAUCCGGAGUCUCCGGCUCAACAACAACCGGAUUCUGGUUCUCCCUCGCGCCGUGUCGCUGUUCCACGAGCUCCGACAUCUAGACAUCAGCGCCAACGGGCUUACCCACGUCUCUGCCGAAAUCACCCAGCUCCCAAAACUCAGGACUUUCAUCGCGAAGAACAAUCUCCUUGAAGACGGAGCUCUACCCAAGGAGCUGCACCGGUGUGUGAGUCUGGAGGUUCUGAAUCUGAGCGGGAAUGUUUUUACUGAGUUUCCGGAACAGAUAACGGAAAUGGCGGGACUGAGGGUGCUUUACCUCGGCGCUAACAGACUCUGGACGGUUCCCAGUGAGAUCAAGAACAUGAGCAGACUAGAGAUCCUGUACCUGGGAGGUAACCAGAUCAGCACCCUGCCUGUGGAGGUUGGUUCCCUGUCCUCGCUGAUGUCGCUGGUCCUGUGUGACAACCGUCUGGAGUCCCUCCCCCCACAGCUGGCACGUCUUCGCUCUCUCCGCUCCCUCAGCCUGCACAACAACCGCAUCGCCGCGCUGCCCAGCGAGAUCAUCGCCCUACGCAACCUCACCGAGCUCAGUCUCCGCGGGAACCCGCUGGUCGUGAACUUCGUCCGCGACCUGAGCUUUGACCCGCCGACCUUGCUGGAGCUGGCGGGGAGGGGGGUGAAGAACAGUGGGCUGAGGUAUGCGGAGUCUGACGUCCCGCCGAACUUACACCGGUACCUCAGCCUCGCCAGGAAGUGUCCUAAUCCUAAAUGUACAGGUGUGUACUUUGAUGCCCGUGUGAAGCAGAUCAAGUUUGUGGACUUCUGUGGGAAGUACCGGCUGCCCCUGCAGCAGUACCUGUGCUCCCCACGCUGCACCGCGCCUAGUCCUGUCACCAGCUCAGAGUCAGAGUCUGAGGAGGAAGGGGUCGUCCCACCUGACAAGAUCAAGAAAGUUCUACUGGGCUAG